AUGGAAGAGGAUGAAAGAAUGUGGAUCCAUAUGGAUCUCGUGGUAGAGAUACUCUCAAGGAUGCCCGUGAAGAGCCUUAUGAAGUUUAAGUGUUUAUCGAAAGAGUUUUCAAGGAUAAUCCAUAGUCGAAACUUUGUCGACUCAUGCUUGUCUUGUUCCUCGAGUCGAUCACGUCUCUUGUUUUUUUUCCGCUGCUUUAAAACUAACACGCUUGUUUUCUUCUCAGCGCCUCAUCGAUCGACUUGUGCUAUAGCCCCAACCCGACAUGAUAUGACAUUCCGUGGAGGAGUUGAUGUAUCUUUCACGUCUCCUCCGGUCCGUGGUUUGAUGUUGUGCGCAAUUGGACAUAAUCAACUUUUUAUAUGUAACCCAGCCACGAGACAAACCAUAGGCUUACCUCAAAACAUAAUGUUGGUGGAAAGAGACAACUUGACAGAGUUACUGGUUUUAGGAUACGACCCAAUAUUUGAUCAGUUCAAAGUAUUGUGCAUAUGGGAAUACCUAAAUGCACGCCCAAGUACGUAUCUGCAGUUUUGGGUUUUGACGGUGGGACAAGAUGGUAACAUGUGGAGAAAGAUACAAGGCAUGCCUCCUCAACUUUAUCCCGUUACGAGUGCCCACACGUGUGGCCAGGGUGGUAUAUGCAUAAAUGGCGUUUUAUACUUUAAAGCUUACUCAUGGACCCCAAGUCGUCACCAUCCUACUAUUACUACGCAUGUUGUGACUUUUGACCUCAACACUGAAGUAUUCAGUCUUGUGAAAACCAAUGAUCAUCUCUGCUGGGUGUCUAAGCUAAUAGACUUUCAAGGGAAGUUAGCUUUUAUAUCUCGUGUCAAAAUGGACUGCACAGUUGAGUUUUGCAUCUUGGAAGACAAGGAGGAAUGGUCGUCGAAAGUUUUUCAUUUACCUUGGACACAAAGUUACUCUAAAGAUUAUAUGAGAACUUCCCACUCCGUGUUGGGCAUUCAUGACGGUGAUAUUGUUUUCACACCGGAAGGUGAACUUGGUUCCACAUGGCAUCUUAGCUUGGAGAAGAGGACUGUUAGGAAAGUCGUUUACGAAAUUCCUAUUACUAAACCAUAUCCUCUAGCUUUUUUUUUCGCAAACCAUGUUGAUACUACUGUAUCAUUGUAA